AUGAAAGAAAUUUUAGAAGAAGUAAACUGUUAUUUUCCAGAUCCUAAUUAUGAUUAUUCUUCAAAAGAAUUUUUACAAAAUGGCCAUUCCAAAAAAAUUUCAGAUUACAAGUCAAUGAAUAUAAAAGAAACUAUAUCAAAUCCUAAUCAAAAAUUAUGUGCCCCUUUUUUACCAUGUACAUCAGAUAGAUGUGAAUGCCAAGGAUUUUCAUAUAAUGGACUUGAAACUUUUGAUUUACCUGAUCAAUUAAUACUUGAAGAAUGUUAUGGAUAUACAUUAUGUUAUAAAUGUCAACAUCCAUUAGAGUAUCAUGUUGCUCAGUUAAAUGAAAUGACAGAUCAACAAUUGGAGAUUAUGUGUCGUAUAGUUAUGGAUUGUCGUGAUGUACAUGAUAUAGUAUUAAAUGAUGAAGAUAUAUAUUGCAAAGGUCUUGCAGUAAUCAUACGUGAUGGAAUGAUUGAAUGUUUAAGAAAACAAGACUUUAAUUUAAAUGAGAAUCUUAAACCUGGUUUUGAUUUUAUUGUUACAGAUACAGUUAAUCUUGUUGAUCUUGUUUCAAUGGUUAAAUAUAAUAUGAAUGAACAAAAUCAUCAUAAAAAGAUAGUUAUGAAAUUAUUGGAUGCAUUAAAUGAUUAUGAAUUACCAUGUCCUGAUGAUUAUAUUAAUUGUGAUGAAGAUCCACAACAAUUUAUUGAGUAUGUUGAUUUUUAUAAACAAUGGCUUUUUAAUGUUAUUAUACCUCAAAAAUGUAAUUAUAUUAAAUUACUUAUGAAUGUUCAAUUUUUUGGAGCUACAUUUUUGAUAAAGAUGCGUAAAAGUUUAUUGAAUGAUAAUAUUUUAGAACUUGAUUGUGAUUGUCUUGAAUUACUUAAUAAAGUUUAUGAUGUUGUGGAUAAAGUAAUUAUUCUUGAUUGGUUAAGUAUGAAAAAAAUUUACGAGAAUUAG